AUGCCACUGCCUCAAAGAGUUGGAACUCCUCGGGAUGGCUCGCGCACUGUCACCAUCACACCAACACCAGCGCCUGAAGAAAGCGGGAACGCCGGCCCGUCAAAUAUCGCCGGUGUUCUGCAUCUCCGGGGCGAUCGUCACCCUGGCCCUAGAGUUACCUGGACAGAGGACGUUGUAGAUAAUGAGGGUAUGGGCAAGAAGAAAUCAAAGAUCUGUUGUAUCUAUCACAAACCCAAAGCAUACGACGAGUCGUCCGAUGAAGACUCUUCCUCAGAUGAUGACGAUGAUUCUGAGCCGGACACCUCGUCUGCACGCCCAUCCGGCAACUUCGCCAGGAGACGGAACCAGCAUCACUCUCACGCUCAUCGGCACGACGAACACGAGUGCUCGCAUGUGCAUGGUCUGCCCUCCGACGAUGACACCAAUGCUUAUGAGCGGGCACCGUCUUCGAACAAGGGCAAGGGCCGAGCAUAA